AUGGCGCCUCUUGUUGCCUCGCAAGAGGAGCUGCAGCGCCGCCGUAUCAUCGGUAUCAAUGCGGAAACCGUCACCAAUAUCCCCUCCACAGAUUUUCCUGGUCAUUGGCCCGGAGAGUCGCAUGGGUGGGCACUCGACCAAUUCAAGGAUAAUUUCCAGGUCGAGUUCCACCGCAAUGAGCGAUUCGAGGCUUCUUUCUCGCUGAUCGGACUCGACGCCGCGGUCGCCAACGCUUUCCGCCGUAUUCUCAUGGCCGAGAUCCCUACCAUCGCCAUUGAAGACUGUUUCAUUCACAACAACACCUCCGUCAUCCAAGAUGAAGUCCUCGCACAACGACUGGGCCUGAUCCCGCUCAAGGGUUCCGUGGAAGGAAUCAACUGGAUGCACUGGUAUAAGAAGGCCACCGAAGAAGGAGGGGAGGAAGAUGGCCCUUGCGAUUUUAACACCAUUGUGCUACAUCUCGACGUGGAAUGCUACAAGAACGAGCACGCACACAAGGAUGAGCAGGACCCCCGCAAGCUGUACACCAAUGCCCACGUCUACGCCAAGGACCUUAUGUACAUGCCCGUUGGUCGUCAGGAGCAGUUCUUUGUCGGUGACGGUGCCAUCGCACCCGUCAACCCGGACAUCCUGAUUGCCAAGCUCCGCCCCGGCCAGAAGAUCGAGAUGGAACUCCACUGCCAAAAGGGCAUCGGUGCUGAUCACGCUAAGUUCUCGCCCGUGGCUACUGCGUCAUACCGUCUUUUGCCCGAGAUCAACAUCGUGCAUCCCAUCAUUGGUGACGAUGCGAAGAAGUUUGCCAAGUGCUUCCCCAAGGGUGUGAUUGGCCUUGAGCCCAUCACCUCUGCCGAGGCCGCCCAGCGCGGAAGCGGUUACGAGGGUCACGCUGGCGAGCAGAAGGCUGUUGUGAAGGAUGCGUUCAACGAUACUGUCAGCAGAGAGUGUUUGCGCCACGAUGAGUUCCAAGGUAAGGUCAAGCUGGGACGUGUGCGCGAUCACUUCAUCUUCAAUGUGGAAAGCACCGGUCAGUUCGAGAGUGACAUGCUCUUCUUGGAGGCUGUCAAGGUUAUGAAGCUCAAGUGCAACCGAUGGAAGAGAGGUCUGAGCGAUCUGAUUGGUUAA